ACAAACGCAGGGGCGGAUUCAGUUCGUAACGUCAGACGGACACAGAGCUCAAGACAGAAGCGGAAAAAGUUCAACACGUGCUCUCUGUUAACAGCGUAAACUGCAGAACACAAAACUUAAUCUCACUUUAAAUUCGCAACGCAUUUAAAAUCUUACGAUGCCAGCCCAAAUCAUCUGCGGGAAAACGAUCUCAGCUCAGGUAAGAGGGAGACUGAAGGAUGAGGUGGAAGGCAUGAGAAUGACUCAUCCCAAUUUCAAACCAGGCCUUGUGGUGUUACAGGUGGGAGACAGAGAGGACUCAAACUUGUACAUCAGCAUGAAGCUAAAAGCAGCUGCUGAGAUCGGGAUCAGUGCUGUACAUGUGAAGCUUCCACGGACUGCAACUGAAAAUGAGGUUAUGCGCCGUGUAAUGGAAGUCAAUGAGGACUCCAAAAUUCAUGGGCUCAUAGUCCAGCUGCCCCUUGACUCCGUCCACACUAUUAAUACAGAAAGGAUUAUCAACAGCGUGGCUCCAGAGAAAGAUGUGGAUGGAUUGACGUGUAUAAAUGCAGGGAAACUGGCACGUGGUGAUCUUGGAGACUGUUUUAUCCCAUGUACUCCUAAUGGAUGUAUGGAGCUCAUCAAACAAACAGGUGUGUCAUUGGCAGGAAAAAGGGCUGUGGUAAUUGGCCGCAGUAAGAUUGUUGGUGCACCAAUGCAUGACCUUCUGCUUUGGAAUCAUGCAACUGUACUGACCUGUCAUUCAAAGACUGCAGACUUGGCCUCUGAGGUGGGAAAGGCAGACAUAUUGGUGACUGGGAUUGGUAAACCAGAGAUGGUUCGUGGAGAGUGGCUGAAGGAUGGUGCCAUUGUCAUUGACUGUGGUAUUAACACCAUCACAGACAGCAGCAGGCCAAGUGGCAAGAGAAUUGUUGGAGACGUUCACUAUGACUCUGCUAAAGAUAAGGCUGCAUUUAUUACACCUGUACCUGGAGGAGUCGGUCCAAUGACUGUAGCCAUGCUCAUGCAGAACACAGUUCUGAGUGCCAAGCAUUUCCUUCAAGCACAAGAACCUGGGAAGUGGAAUAUAAAUUACACCAAUCUCAACCUGCAACGGCCUGUUCCAAGUGAUGUCACUAUCUCUCGCUCCUGUGUACCUAAACCCAUUGAAUGUCUUGCUGAGGAAGUUGGUCUUUUCUCGGAUGAGGUUGAGCUCUAUGGCAGGACCAAAGCCAAAGUCCAACUGAAAACGAUUGAUCGACUGCAGGCUCAACCUGAUGGCAAAUAUGUGGUUGUUACUGGAAUCACUCCGACUCCUCUGGGUGAAGGAAAGAGUACAACUACAAUAGGGUUGGUUCAAGCACUUGGGGCUCAUCUGAAACUUAAUGCGUUUGCAUGUGUGCGCCAACCAUCGCAAGGUCCAACAUUUGGCAUCAAAGGUGGUGCUGCUGGUGGGGGGUACUCGCAAGUUAUUCCCAUGGAAGAGUUCAAUCUUCAUCUGACUGGUGACAUUCAUGCCAUCACAGCAGCCAAUAACCUGGUAGCUGCUGCAAUUGAUGCUCGUAUGUUCCAUGAAGCCACCCAGUCUGAUAAGGCUCUAUUUAAUCGGUUGGUACCCAUGACUGGAGGUCAGAGGAAGUUUUCCCCAGUUCAGAUCAACAGGCUUGAAAAACAAGGUAUAAAGAAAACUGACCCCAGCACGUUAACAGAAGAGGAAAUCACUCGCUUCGUCAGGCUGGAUAUUGACCCUGAGUCCAUAACUUGGCAGCGCGUGCUGGACACAAAUGAUCGUUUUUUGAGAAAAAUCACGAUUGGCCAAUCUCCAACUGAGAAGGGAUUCACCAGAACUGUGAGCAUCACAAUCCGUGAACUGGUGCCAGAGUCCCAGGCGUACAUGGACCUCCUGGCUUUUGAGCGCAAACUUGACCAAACCAUUAUGAGGAAGAGAGUGGAUAUACAAGAAGCCCUCAAAAGACCAAUGAAGCAAAAGCGGAAACUACGAUUGUACAUUUCAAACACUUUCAACCCUGCCAAACCUGACGCAGAGGACUCUGAGGGCAGCAUUGCAUCCUGGGAGCUGCGUGUAGAGGGCAAGUUGUUGGAUGAUAGAACUUUUAGUACUCGCAUGCGUGUGACAGCCGCUCUCUGUUUGCGUGCUUCGGAUGUGUGCGUCCAGAAAAACGUAUAUCAGAAAAUCUUCGGUAUGGGUCUUUCAGUUCGGACAGACACAAAGGCUGAACUGGAUCUGAUCUGUAAACUAGCCAAAGAGGCAGGAGCGUUUGAUGCGGUGCAUUGUUCUCACUGGGCUGAUGGAGGCGCUGGUGCUGCAGAUCUGGCUAGAGCAGUGCAAAAAGCAGCAGACUUACCCAACAGCUUCAAAUUUCUUUAUGACAUUGAGUUACCUAUUGUAGACAAGAUCAGAAUCAUUGCGCAGAAGAUCUAUGGUGCAGAUGACAUUGAACUUCUUCCAGAGGCCCAACACAAGGUGGACCUGUACAGCAAACAGGGUUUUGCAAGUCUACCCAUAUGUAUGGCAAAAACUCAUCUGUCUCUGUCACAUGAUGCUGAAAAGAAAGGUGUGCCUACUGGAUUUGUUCUUCCAAUUCGUGACAUUCGUGCCAGUGUAGGGGCAGGCUUUCUCUACCCACUGGUUGGCACAAUGCCGACUAUUCCUGGCCUUCCCACUCGUCCAUGUUUCUAUGACAUAGAUCUUGACACUGAGAGUGGAGAGGUUCAUGGACUUUUUUAAUUUUUGGGGGAUUACAGUUUGUGGCAGUCCACAAGGAAUUCCUUCCCCUGGAUUAAAGACCUCGGUCUUCCUCUCAGAUCAGAGGUUAUUUCUAACAGGACAGAUGUGCUGUCAUAACUUUUGAUAUAUUCUGAUCUAUAACAUUUGUCUAUUUUCCUAAUGAAAAUUUCUAAGAAAUAUUUUUAUUAAACUACACUACCCUACACUACUACACUGAGCAAAAAAAAAUAAAUAAUAAAUGAAAUUGUCCAUUACAUGAUCUAAUCCAAAUAUUUUUGUAAGCAGUUUUUUUUUUUCAAUUAAUUGUCAUUUCUGAACUAAUUUUGUAGAUUAAUAAUUGUGAUAUUUCUGUUAAUAACGGUUUUCAAUCUAUAGGGUAGCUAUCUAUCAACAUUUUUUUCACUUAAGUGCCAAACGAGAGUAAAAACUGACUUUGAGUGAAUAAGUGUAAAUACAACUUAAGUCUAUACUAACAUUUGUCAGAUACAUAUUUUUGAUUCUGUUUGAAUGCAUUUACCUUGUGAAUACAAAAUUCAAAUAAAUUGUAACUGAGCUUCAGAUACAGUCUACUU